GACUGUGCGACGACGACGACCACGCCUGCCCGCGCGCGCACCCGCCACCGGCCACGGCACCAGGCAGAGAAAGCACCGACGUCAUUCCACACCCAAGUCUACAGUGCCCUCUAGUCUACUCACCCGCUCCUUUCCUUACGCCCUGCAUCCACGAUCACCGACAUGCCCAGCCUACGCAAGCUCAACCCCUUCAGCUCCUCCGCUGACCAAGAGCCCGGAGACGACCCGGCCCCGCCCUCCAUCACCGUCACCCCGCCCCAGGCCCAGCAGACGACCCUACCCGCCGCCGUCCCGCCCCCGGGCCCCGCCCCGCAGCCCGUCAUCGAGCCCCCUCCGCCCGCCGCCGCCGCUCCCAUGUCGGCCGCGCCGCUCCCUCCGCGCGGGUACGACUACGCCUACCAGCGCCCCGUUCGCCCGACCUACACACACAACAACCCGUCCUCCGUCCGCCUCAGCUACGCCCCCUCCGGAAGCCUCGGCAGGGAGAGCGGCACCAGCUACUUGCUCUUCUCCGGCCCGCCCAAACGCACUCGCCCGCGCUCAAGCAGCGUCAGCGCCGCCGACCUCCGCAAGCAGAUGUGCGCCACCCCCGGUGCACUCGGCCGUGUGGGCGAAGGCGUGGCCGCUCGCGACAGCUGGGUCCCCGUGGACGAUCAGGACAUCCCGCCCCGGCGCAAACAGCCCACAGACCGCGCGUCGGUGCACUCGGUGCCCGUCCAAGGCCAUCGCGGCGGGUGGACCACGACCAAGGGCAUCAUGCACUCCCUCAAUCCGUUCUCGCGCACGUCGUCGAGGGACCCCGAUCCGGACGUGACCGCCACCCCCGACUCGGGCCGACGUCUGACCGUACCCGGAGCGGAGGCCGAGGAGGAGCAGUCCGAGUCGGUCAAGGGCGUCGUGGGCCGCGCGAGGGCGAUAUCGAACGCCGUCCGCGACAGGAGCAGCACCUUCGCCGCCAAGCUCGGUCUGGGCACCGCCUCCGCCGAGCAGACAGCGCCGCCGAGCCUGGAACAGAUGGAGCAGCACCGCGCAGCCGAGGAGCGGGCCCGCUACGACCAGGCCGUCGUCGACCUCCUCGACGUGAUCGACCCGGAAGUGUCCACCCUCUCCACCCUCUCCGACGUUCAAAACUCGCUCUUCGUCCCCAACUUGGGCCGGUACGUCAACCGUGCCGGAUACGUCCGCCUCGCGCGCCCGCCGAGCCGCACCGAGCUCGCCGCCCUCGAAGAGGGCGAUGCGCGACGAGCGCAAGCGAUGGGCGCGAUCGCCGCCGAAGGCCAGGACGGCGAACGCUCGUCGUGGUGGCGGCGCACCAAAGCGACCAUCACGCGCGAAAAAGAGGAGCAACAGCAGCCACAAACCUCCGAAAAACCCCCGGCGCCCGCCGCCGAGCAGCCGCAGCCUUCGUCCAGCUCUGACGGCGAGCCGCGCUCGCGCUCCGAGACCCUCGCCGAGUACGUCAAGCACACCGACCCGGAGCAGGCCGAGCGAAACAGGUACGGUGUCUCGGAGGGGGACGAUAUCCAAGCCCGCGGCGAGUGGCUCGUCCUCCCCGACGGCCUCGUCGACUGGGACCACUGGACGCCCGAGGAGCGCGCCGAGCUCGACGACUACGUCCGGCAUUUGCUGCAUUCGCGCAAGUGGAAGGCGCGGCGGACGUGGCGCGGCUUCAAGCAGUAUGUCCGCACGCCGCUGGGAGCGUUCGUGACGAUAUACGCGUCCCUCCUCACGUUCUGGGGAGCGGCGUGGGUGCUGUUCCUGAUCGGCUGGCUCAACGCCGGCUCGCGUCAGGCGUACUUUGUGGAGAUCUGCGACCAGAUCUUGACGGCGCUCUUCUGCGUCGUCGGAAUCGGCCUCGCGCCGUUCCGCACGGUGGACACGUACCACAUGUACUUUAUCGCCAAGUAUCACCGCAAGACGCUCAAGAUGUACCGCGAGCUCGGUCUGCCCCCGCUCCCGGACGAGAACGACCUGCCGGACCCGGCCCACCAGCCGUCGAAGGAGGACGCCAAGAUCCGUCCGCCGGUGCUGACCGUCGAGGAGCAGGCGACGCUCAUGUACCACCAGAUGAAGUUUGCCAAGAGCCACACGUUUUACAAGCCCCACGAGACUGCGACGCAUAAGGCGUUUCCGCUAGAUCUGCUCAUCGUCAUCGUCUGCCUGCUCGACUUUCAUUCCAUCUUCCAGAUGGCCCUCGGCAGCACCACCUGGUCCAUCUCCUACCACCACCAAUACAAGAAGAUCCUGACGUCCAUCAUCCUCUCCUGUUCCAUCUCGUGCAACAUCUCGGCCGGGCUCGUCAUCGCCGUCGGCAACCGCCGGACGCGCAAGACGGAGGUCGUCGAGGAGCGCCUCCGGCGCGCGGUCACGGAGGAGGCCGUCAGGCGCCGUCAGCGUAAGCGCGAGGAGGAGGAGGAAGAGGAGCGCGAGCGUCUGCAUCGCGCGGAGAAGGCCGAGACGCGGCGGCGCAAGAGCGAGCACCAUCAAUCUUCGCUCUCCCUCCGUCAUGGCAGCGGCAGCGGCAGCGACCAUGCCAGUCGCACGGACGGGGUGUUGCCGCUGUGAUUCUUUGCCGCGAAGUAGAGGCACGUCCGUCAUACACGCAUAUGUUUCGUUUCAUACCCCCCUUGUAGUGCUGUAUUCUUUCCGUACCCUCAGAGUAGAUUAUCUCCCCAGAGCAUCAGAUUGUAUUCAGUAGUGACCGCACAACACGUAACGCAUGUACUC